UCCGGCGUAGAGAUUAAUGUAUUUACCUAAAUCCUUUUCAUUCUUCGUUUUCAUUUCUUUAGUAAAGUAUACCAUGAAUUUUUAGCCCAAUACUUACUCAAAAGAAUGUCUUCAAUAUUUUUUACAGUUUGUUCUUUACCAGGAUCAUCAGAACAACUGCGAGAUAGUUUUGUUGAUAUUGUAAAUCGACGAAAAGACGACUCUUCUGUCAGUUUGCUGCAAUAUGCUGUGAAAGAUUUUGUGUUGGGACCGAGUCAUGUUGCUCUCUUAUUUGAGGAUGGCACUGUUGCCCGACAAAGAUUUACUGUAUCACAUGAGCAUGUAGACAUUGGUAGAAAAGAAUCUGCAACAGCCUCUGUAAGUGGUGAACAAGAGCGAUCAUCAGCAAGAUCAGCGUCACAUGUUGUACUACAUAGCAUUGGUGAUCGUGCUGGGCAUGGAGAGAGCUCUUGGUUGCUGCCAUCAGGAGAUUCAUUUGCAGCUUUAUCUGGUCAUCCUGGUCUUAGAUGGAGUUCAUCCAAUCCAGUAACGUUACGCGCGUGUAGUCGUCUUGCUUCGCGUGGACGAGGUCGUGUCGUGCGUGGACGAAGUCGUGGCGGGGCCACUGGCUGGUUGACAUCGCGAAGUGUCGUUCCUGCAUCCGCUGUACCAGAAGAACUCAUCUCACAGGCACAGGUUGUUCUCCAAGACAAGUCACGUGCGGCUAUCGUUCGUGAGCUGCAAAGAACGAACUUGGAUGUAAAUCUAGCUGUGAACAAUCUUUUGAGUCGUGAUGAAGAAGAUGGUGAUGAUCAAGAGGAAGAAGAUCUUUUUUCUAUCUUGGAGACUGGACUCCACUCAGACGACCCAGCAGUUGUCAUGGAUGCAGAUUCCAUCUUUCCGGAAGAGAUGUUUUACAGCAGUUUGCCACGACGCAUGGGCAGCAGAGCGAGUCGAUUCUUUGAACGCGAGCUUGAGGCAGAGAGGGAUAGAGAACGAGAUAUUCUGCGUCGAGAACGAUGGUGGAACAGCCUUUGUUUAGAUGAAAACUCCAGUUCAAAUGGUGCUAAGAAUAAUAAUGUGUCAAGUGAUAAAAAAACAGCAGUAAACUUACCGAAGAAAAACGUAAAAGAACCAAUAGUCUUUAUCGGGGAAUUGGAAUAUUGGCCUGGAGAAAAAAAUUGCUUACCAAAGUUUGUGAAAAUUGCGUCCAUGUAUUCUGAGCUUGUGUGUUUGGAUAGCGAUGGUAAAGUACACCAGUGGAAGUGGGAGGACCUUUAUCCAUAUUUAUCCACAACAGACCGUGGUACCAAAUUGACGCAUCCGAGAACUAAGUCGCUUGGAUUAUCAAACGAAAAUAUUGUUAAGCUAUCGUCGUGUUCCUCUCGGGCUACUGUCGUAACACGUUCGGGAAAGGUGGCAACAUGGUUGGAUGAAACUCUCGCUGCUGUUUCCUCCAAGCUUGAACAUUCUGCAAAAUUGUUUUCCGAUUUCGAAAAAGAAAAAAUACAUGAAGUAUACGUUUGUCCGCUGUACACAUGCGUGCAAACUGUACCUGGAAACUUGUAUUGGUGGGGUGUUUUACCUUCGGACCAACGGAGAAAGGUUAUGGAAAAAGCCAAAGCUCGUGCUAAUAAAGAUCGUGUUACGGGAUUAUCUGAAAUUGUUGUUGGUGCUCAGGUAUGUUUGAGAAGCAGUCCUAUAUACAAUGCUGGCGCCCUUGCGUUCAAUGUUGGCAACGAAACCCCUCGUGUUGGCGAGAUGAUGACGUCAUUGUGGAAUUUUGCUCCCGACAAACUUCGUUUCAAAAUCAUUACUGAUAACAAAAGGAGCAAGGAAAAAACAAUAGUUGUUGAUACUGUUGAAAGUGUUGCUAGUCCCGAGUUUGGCACAAAAAGAAAAGCAACCAACGAUUGUGACGGUGCAACGAAAGAAGAAGAAUGGAAUCUUAAAGAGGUUGUUUUCAUUGAAGACAAGCAACAGUCCACUGUUGGCGUUGUACUCAAGAUUGAUGGUUUAUAUGCUGCUGUCCAUUUUCCAUCAAAAGACAAACCUGAGUUACCAUUAUCUUCAUCUGAUCCCAUGACACUCCUGAAAAACUGUCGUUUGGUGAGGAAGGAUGAAUUACAGGUUGUGAAAAUCACCACAAAUCACAAAGUUCCUGAUUGUAUCCAGAAGUCUCCUAAAUCACUUGUGAUCCCAUCUGGAGCAACUCCAAUCACAAUUGCAGUUGCAAACGAUGGAGUACAUGCUAUCCUGAAGCGGGGCAAAAACAUGUCGUAUGCAUUGUUUAAUCUUGGCAACAGCAAAGUAGAACCUGGCGGGCAGUUUCCCGCUGAAACUGCAUCGUUUAUUAGCCAACCAUCUACCCGUCAGCUGCUACUCAACCCAUCUAUUGUGGGUAAUCUAAUGGUGCUUCAAGAUGUUACUGGUGGACUAAUUCCCCUUAUAAAAGAUAGUUUAGGUGGUAUCAAAGAACCAGUUUGGAUGGGACUGCCUCCCGUUCACGUUUUGCGUAUUGCUGUAUCAACAACUAAAGAAAAUAAAAAAGUUGCUAUAGUAGCCUUAUCACUUCCUAAACAAAAAUUUAUCUCGGAUGUUAUUGAUCGAAAUGAAACAGCAGUAAUGGAUUUAUUAAAUUUUCUAUCCCUAAACUGUCCUGAAGAUAUUCCAGAAAUACUGAAAGAAACCUGUGAUGGGAAUCGAAAUAUUAUUCACGUUUGCGUAUCACAUGCAAUGCCCACUAAGUCAAAGGAUGCCUCAAAACAGAUCAACUCUAACACAUCAGGAGGUGCUGCAGUCUCAAGUCCCACAUCGGCCAGCAGUCGCAAUAUCAGUAUACGUGAGAUGAUGCAGAAAGCGGUAAUGGCUGCAAGAGCUGCUAAUCUUGAGGUUGAUGAAGACACCGCUAUCCCCACACUACACUGGCCACCUGACCCACCUACAAGCAAUACGUCCUCAAAUGUACCUAGUGCUACGACUGCUGUUCCUCCUGCUGUUGUUCCCCCUACCACAUCAGAUGAGUCAUCUCCAGCGAUAACAACUCAACCGAAGCCUGUUGAUGAUGAUCAUUCGACAAAAGCUUUGAGAAUCUUGAAACUGUUUUGCAGCAACGACUACAUGAAACCUUACUUGUAUUCAUUACUUUCGGCCAAAGAUGCCGAUGGUUAUACUCCUUUUAUGUUGGCAGUAUGUCGUCGAGCUUAUCCGUCGGCGUUACUCCUUUUUGAAACUGCUAAAGAUCUUUCAACUGAUCCUCAGUCCCUACGUAUCAACCAGGAUCGUCUGAUGUCCAUGGUAUAUCCCGCUGAUGCACCUGGAAUGUCAUCUCCUCUUUAUCUUAUAUGUUGUAACGACACGUGUUCGUUUACAUGGACAGGAACAAAACACAUUAGACAAAAUAUUUUCGAAUGUAGAACUUGCGGUUUGACAGGAACGUUGUGUUGUUGUACGGAGUGCGCACGGGUUUGUCAUCGAGGUCAUGAUUGCAAGAUCAAGAAAAAGCCUCCCAUCGCUUACUGUGAUUGUUGGAGAAAAUGCAAAUGCAAGGCUUUAAUUCCUGGUGAUGAACUUGCACGGGCUGAUCUGUUGAAAAAGUUAGUCUCGGAGACAGACCUCGUGACAAAGUCAAAUGGAAAGGGUGAACAUAUUUUAUUGUUUUUGGUUCAAACCGUCGCACGCCAGAUUACAGAGCAGCGGUCUUAUUGUCCAAAAGGGUUGGAUGUGCCGAACAGCAAACGGCGUGCUCAAGCAGUUUUGGCUGCAGCUAAUUAUCCCGAGCAUGAUCUCGAACCCCCAAAGUUUGCCCGACAAGCGCUUGAGUUGAUUAUUAAAGAUUGGAGAGCUGUAAAGAAUAUGAUUCUUAGUGGGACCCAGUCCAGUAUUAGUGAUGUUCGAGCUGAUGGAAAUGUUGUUACAAACGUCGUUCAUUCUAUGUUAACAAUGCAAGAACAGCAAAAAUAUCUGAAUAGUCAAGAUGGUACAGCAAGACUUGACAGUUUUUCACACUGUCUCAUUAGUAAAUGCCCCAGUGAGAUUGUUGAUCAAUUCCUGAAAACUUUAAACGCUGCCCUCUUGACGACUACUGGAUCUGAGAACGAGGAAGUUAUCAUGGUUGCUAAAAGAUUUGUACGCUCCAUUGCGAGAGUGAUGAUCAUACUGACGUCAGAGAAAACCCCAUCAAUUGCUAAAAGAAAGUUAUUGGCCUUUCAACAACUAAACAAGUGUAGGAAGGUUUUUCAAUCCAUGUUAAUGAUUGCUAUACCAGAACUGAUUCAGAUGGCAAACUCAUUAAUUGCACCCGUGCGCUUAGGGGUCUGCCGUCCUGCGGGACACUUUUCUUACUUAAUCUCUGACAACACGACGAGCAGUGACGAACCGGCAGUUGGAGAAGAGUUAUUUAAUGCUCAACCAAUGCGUCGUAGAGCAUCUACAUCUUCUACCGAACCGCCUCGAGUCUCUAUGGAGCGUCGUGACUCUGACUUCAUAAUUGAUUCUCAAGUUGAGCACUUGGAGGUUGCUGAUCCGCAACUAUCUGGGGACGUUGGUGAGCUUCACGACAUUGAGGUUGUUGGCGGAGCAGACAUUCAAGCAUUGGUCUCAGCUUCAGGUAUUGAUUUGAUAAACAAUACCAAUCAACAGGGGGGUGUGGAGAGUAUGGACACACAUGAGAAUAUGCCCCAGGAUCAACCUUCUGAUGCUGCGACUCCCGGUGUACGUAUAAGCGCUACUGGUGAGAGUUCUCGUGGGCGAAGAAGGCCUAGGUCUUCAGAUGGUGCUGCUGAACACGAAAAUGGGAAUGAGUCUGAUAUGGAUUUAGAACUCUUGGCAGAAAGUGAAAGUGAUAGCGACGAAGAUGGUUUAACCCCCGGUGAAGGACGCAACAGACGUGUAACGACGGGGGGCUAUGAUCCUGUUAAUAACACGCGAACUGUACCUCGUCAUGUGUGUUAUUCUGAAGAGGAUUCUUCAUCAGGGGACGAGGACGUUGUGGAAAAUGAAAUUGACCAAAUGGAAGAUGAAGAGGAAAUGGACGAUGAAGAAGGCGGAAGAGACGAAAACGAUAACAGUGGAGGGAGAUUACUCAACGUUCAGAGAGUUGGUCGUGAAAGUAACACAGCUCCUCAUGCAAUGCAGUGGGUGCUCUCGAACUCUGUACAAGGAUCUACAUAUAUGUCUGGCUUCUCUCCAUCUCUUUUGUAUGGUGAGCCCGUGCAUCAUGGUAUUGAUCGAAAUGGCAGCGGUGCUGCUGUAGCUUCUGGUGUGACGUCGGCUGCAUCUGCGUCCAGUACAUCCGGUGCUUUGGUGAGAUCUCAUUAUAAUACGUUGAACUCAGCAAGUGCCUUGGCAAGGCUGUUUGCCAUUCUAGUUCGCGAGAUCACAGACUUACUCAAUGAUAUCUAUAAAACACUUAAAGUCGACGAGCUUCACGAGCUUUGUGCUAUGAUGGAAAAGGAGCUACGGCCCACAUGGGAAUGGCUUUGGAUAAUUAUGGAAUCCACUGAAGGUCAAUUGAGGUUUGGUACAUCCCUUGUUGCUGCCUCCGAUCCUUCACAGUCUGGGCAUCCUGUGAAUGAAAACCAAUCCAAAGUGUUGACUUCGAAGGAUAAGCGCGGGAAUGAUUCUGGAGUAUCUGUUGACAAAAAGGGAAGACGAGUGGGUGUGUACUCAAACGAUUUGGCAAGACAGGAUUUUCUCUCGUACGUUCUCUCUCUUAUUCGAAGCAAUGAGAAUGAGCAUGCAGACUCUCUACCUAAAGUUGAUGUACCUUCACUACGUCAUGUUGCAUUCGUCUUAGAUUCCCUGAUAUAUUACAUGAGAAAUAAUCCUAUUGUCUCAGGCAAACAAGCCCGCUUUGACAUAUUUGAUGAAAGUAGUUUCACGACCGACGACGAAGGUGCUGCGGAUAUUGACGAUGAAGAUGACAACGAUAAUGAUGUCAGCAAUGACGUGAAUUAUUUACGUGAGCAGCAGCGAUUUUUUCGACGCAGUGAUUCAACUACGGUGUUAGGAUGCGAGCCACCUGAGCCAUUGCACACUGCAUUUGAGUCUCUUCCUUUGGCUGAGAAACCACACCUGUUAAAUAGAAACGCUAGACGCGAGGAGCUUUUUGGUGCUGUUCAAGAGUCGUCUUUGCCGAAGGGCAGCGCGGUUAUCAUUCCAGUGUACUGGGACUGA